AGUGGAGGCAACUAGAAUACAACCAUCAUUGUGACAUGAUAGCAAAUCAGAUAAGAUCGAGAUGGUGACACAUCACUGGUCAGAGGCUUUGGUGACGCCACUGCUUGUAGCUGCCAUUGUUCUAUUAUCACCUUUGCCAAGGUACGUCUUUCGAAGUUUGAAAUUGAACGGAAGCGGGAAAGGACAUGAUAUAGGGACAAGUAAUACAAACGCUUCGGCCUUCAUUGUCCCCGCACAAAUACAUCAUGCCCGAAUGCUACCGAAAGAAUCGCAACAUUCGUUCAAAUAUCCUUCUCUUUAUUUUGCAUUUGAACUUCAAGCCUUAGAAAGAGGACAAUGCGAUUGUCUGCCGGCUUUCAAAUGGUCUGGAGAUCACGCAAAGAAGGGUUUUGCAUUGACCAAAUUGCACCCAAAAGAUUUUGGACGGAAGGUAUUUGCUGAUGCAGAAACAUCAAAAGCUGCAGAAAUUAUAGAUGGAUCGAUCUUACUCAAAUUGGCAUAUGAGCUACGCUUUAGAGGAUAUCUAUCUGUUGGACCUCAAGAUGUAGAUAGUGAUGCUUUAAGAUCAGGCUCGCUUCUAUGGGAACGGGAGAUGGGAAAGGUUUGGGCUAUCGCAAUGCCUACAGUAUUUGGCUUAGCGGGUUUCAACCCUUUGACGGUGUAUUAUGUCUAUAGACCUGGCUCGAGCAAAGAACUUUGGUUGGCUAUCCUAGAGGUGCACAACACCUUUAAUGAACGGCAUAUCUAUGUUUGCGAAGUGGGCAAAGGCGAAGAUGAAAAGACUGGAACGAGCCCUCAAGGUACAAUGCGAAAAGGGUACGAUCAUUCUUGGACUUUUCCGCGAGAUUUUCAUGUUAGUCCCUUCAAUGAUCGAUUGGGCUAUUACCAGCUAUUCUUGCGGGACAUGUGGAAAGAUUCAGUAGAUGGACUGCCAUCGAUUGAUAUCCGAUUGCUACUUCUCGUACCUCCCGAAGAAGAAGAGGAAAGACAAAGCGACGGCAAAUCACUGCAAAAGAAGCUAUUGGCUACUCUUACAUCUUCCAAUGCAACAUCCGCUACACAAAAGCCUACCAAAGAAGCGAAACCAAUGACGGCUUCUUCGGUCUUCUCAAUGUUGAUCCGUCAACCUUUUGAUUUAUUUCUACCCGUUGCAAGAAUUAUGAUCGAAGCAGCAAAACUACAUUGGAAGAAACGAUUGCCUGUUCAUAUCAGACCGGAACCGAAAGGCGAAGCCAAAAGAUGGAAUUCUAUUCAAGCUUUUGAUGGCAUCGGAUGUUUAAAAGUGCACAAUCCUACCGAGUCGAAGGAUUUGAGUGCGGAUGCCGCUCAAAUUAGAGAACAAGCCUCGGGUAAUAUCUAUUGGAAUGACGAAUCUUCCAUGGAAAGGAUAUGUAGGAAAGCGGUGGAGAAAUAUCUUUGCAACAAAUCAAGUGAUGGGGAACUUGGCCCUAUCCAGUUCAGAAAUCGGAAUGCAGAACAACGUGAUACAAAGAUUGAAAAUGGUCAGAUACGCAACAUUGACAAACACGAUCGAUCUGACGGAUUGACUUUCUAUACAAUGUCUUCUGCUCUUUUUAUCGAUCUUUGUUUGUAUAUGCCACAGCAAGCUUUAUUGUUCGGCAGUAAAGUCGAGCAAGGAUGGGGAGUAAAUUCAACCGACAAGUUUGACCAGAUCUUUGCGUCUAGUGAACCAUCCAAAUCCACAAGGACGGUACGACUUGCAAGAUGGUUAAGAUCUUCCUAUUUACUUUGGGCAAUUCAAGAAAGCGGAAACAUGGAUGACAAGAUUUCACAUCACUUACUCGCACAAUCUAAUGCAACUCAUUUCUUAGAUCAAUUUGACUACUCAUGGUCUUUGCUUUUCGCAUUGGCCGCUCAUGUCUACUCUCUCAAACUUAUGGCAUCCGCAUCCAGAAUGCUUAAUGUCCGUUAUGUUCGUGCGCCAUGGGCACAAAUAGGUGAAGGCAUCGCCUUACUGAAGCAGAACCAAGAAAAGGAUACCCAAAUAUAGAAUCUCCCUCCUCCCCUUUGCCUUUGUAUAGACACGGAAUGCUAUGCAAGUGUAAUGUAUUAUGAUGUAUGCAUGUGCGCAUAUAUGACGUACACGUGUGAUGUCGUGAAGAAAAGAGAAUGAUGAGGUGGUCAUACAAUCGAUAA